GGACCUUCGGCGGAGGGGGCCUUUACCACUGGGGCUCGGCGGCGCCGGCGGAACCAUGGCAACCGCCCGGGGAGGUGGGAGCGGCCCGGGGGAGGAGCUGGAGCUGGAGGAAGAAGAAGAAGAGGCUUUCUGCGCCGCCCGAGGGAGCAUUGCUGAGGGCUCUGAUGGAGCCACAGCCGGUGCCACGAUGACCUUCAGCGCACAGAAGUGCGGGAUCUGCUUCCAGCCCCCAUCCAUCAUCCUCAUCUACAGAGACAACGGCCAGGACAAGACUCGCCAGCGCAUCAUGCCCAUCAGGAAUUUCUCCAGGUUCUCAGCGUGCAGGGAGGGGCUGUGCUGGGGUAACGUCUCUCCAAGGAGCCCAAAGCUACAUCUCAAUCUGAGCAGUGGCUCUCUGAGCCUGGAGGGUUUGGAAAGACCCCUGGGGAGGGUUUGGAAGAAGAUGUGUGUGUGGGAAGAGGUUUGUUGCAGCUGCAGGUGCCUGUGUUGGCUCUCCCCAGACUGCAGCAGGGCUGCUGAGCAGCUGAAGAACAACCCUCGGCACAAGGCCUACCUGGAAGGGGUCUCACUGCGCCAGCUCCAGAAGCUCUACAGUUUGCUGAGAGGUCAUUUGGAAGGACACAGCCUGGCUGAGAGCUUGGAAAAGUUUCGGCAGGAAGAGACCAUUGACCCAGAGGAGGAUAUGAACAAAUUGGACGAUAAGGAACUGGCCAAAAGGAAGAGCAUCAUGGAUGAGCUCUUUGAAAAGAAUAGGAAGAAGAAGGAUGACCCUGACUUUGUUUACAACGUGGAGGUGGAGUUCCCACAGGAUGAGCAGCUGGAGUCCUGUACUUGGGACAUGGAGUCGGAUGAAGAAAUCUGAUUCCAGACAAAGAUGGGCAGGUCAGAGACAAAUCUCAGUAGGCCAGCAAGAGAGAACAAUGUCUUCAUACGUGUUCUGUCCCAUGUUGGCUCAGGAGAACCUGAGGUGCCACAGCAAUCCCAGGGUUAAGUGAGCUUUGUUUAAGAAGCCAGACUUGAUUAAAUGGAAACUGGGUAGCUGGAAUUGUUGGCUGGUUUUAGUCUUUUCCUACAUAAAAGAAUUUUAAAUUAUUUAAUCUUUCAAUUUUUUACAUUUCAGUGAGUUUUGGCUGAAAAUGAAGCAUUAAAUAUUCAUGUCCUGAGGACACUGUUAAAGCUGUAUUGUACAAAUAGUGUGAUUAUUAUUGCCUACUGGGAAGUUAAAUAUGUAUCAGUCAUUCUGGAUAAAUCAACUCUGCACUGAGAA